GGCUUCAAGAGUGAAACAGUAGAGAUAUAUUCUCAUUCCCAGGAGAAGCUCCAAAUACAUUCAUUUAUACCUCAUGAAAUUGGACACUACUGAUUCAGAACCGGUGAUACUCUGCUUGCUGUAUUUCACUUUUAUCACCAAGUGAAUUGAAAAACAAUAGUUGCUGACUAAUAAUUACAUAAACAGGAUCAGAGGAAGAUAUUGUUCACUUAUUUAGAAGAAUAGUGAGAACUUUGGGAAAGUAGUUCCUAAGAUUAUGUAUCCUCAGGGCUAGAAAAGAUCUCAACAGUCACCUUCUGUCCUCCAUGAAGCCUACUUUCUUUGUCUUGAAAAGGAAUGAAGACGAGAGAGUUGGACAGGAUGAUCUACCAGCUCUGAAAUUCUUUGAUGCUAUGGUGUGGGUGUUCAGCACAGAAUUGAUGGAAGACGUCAUCGCCCGCAUGCAAGAUGAAAAAAAUGGAAUUCCUAUUCGUACUGUCAAAAGCUUUCUUUCCAAGAUACCUAGUGUCUUCUCUGGGUCAGACAUUGUUCAAUGGUUAAUAAAGAACUUAACUAUAGAAGAUCCAGUGGAGGCGCUCCAUUUGGGAACGUUAAUGUCUGCCCAUGGCUACUUCUUUCCGAUCUCAGAUCACGUGCUCACACUCAAGGAUGAUGGCACUUUUUACCGGUUUCAAACACCCUAUUUUUGGCCAUCAAAUUGUUGGGAGCCGGAAAACACAGACUACGCGGUUUACCUCUGCAAGAGGACAAUGCAGAACAAGGCGAGGCUCGAGCUAGCAGACUACGAAGCUGAGAGCCUGGCCAGGCUGCAGAGGGCGUUUGCCCGGAAAUGGGAGUUCAUUUUCAUGCAAGCAGAAGCACAAGCAAAAGUGGACAGGAAGAGAGACAAGAUCGAGAGGAAGAUCCUCGACAGCCAGGAGAGAGCGUUCUGGGACGUGCACAGACCUGUGCCUGGAUGUGUAAAUACCACCGAAGUGGACAUUAAGAAGUCAUCCAGAAUGAGAAACCCACACAAAACACGGAAGUCUGUCUAUGGUUUACAAAAUGAUAUUAGAAGUCACAGUCCUACCCACACACCCACACCAGAAACUAAACCUCCAACAGAAGAUGAGUUACAACAACAGAUAAAAUAUUGGCAAAUACAGUUAGAUAGACAUCGGUUAAAAAUGUCAAAAGUUGCUGAUAGUCUGCUAAGUUACACGGAACAGUAUUUAGAAUAUGACCCAUUUCUUGUGCCACCUGACCCUUCUAACCCAUGGCUGUCUGACGAUACUACCUUCUGGGAACUGGAAGCAAGCAAAGAACCAAGCCAGCAGAGGGUAAAACGAUGGGGUUUUGGCAUGGAUGAAGCAUUGAAAGACCCAGUUGGGAGAGAACAGUUCCUUAAAUUUCUAGAGUCAGAAUUCAGCUCAGAAAACUUAAGAUUCUGGCUGGCAGUGGAGGACCUGAAGAAAAGGCCCAUCAGAGAAGUCCCCUCCCGAGUUCAGGAAAUAUGGCAAGAAUUUCUGGCUCCAGGUGCCCCCAGUGCCAUUAACUUGGAUUCUAAGAGCUAUGACAAAACGACACAGAAUGUGAAGGAGCCCGGACGAUACACAUUUGAAGAUGCUCAGGAGCACAUUUACAAAUUGAUGAAAAGUGACUCAUACCCACGUUUUAUAAGAUCCAGUGCCUACCAGGAGCUUCUACAGGCAAAGAAAAAGGGGAAAUCUCUCACGUCAAAGAGGUUAACGAGCCUUGUCCAGUCUUAUUAAAAGGAUCACCUUGUAGCACGGAAGCAGACUGGAGUCGUUGCAUAUACUUUGUAGUUCUUUGUUGUCACCUGGAGCAGAGGCCACUAGACCAAGAUGUUGCAUGAGCAAAGGACCUGAAUUGUUCUUUCUUUGUGUGCAUUAAGGGAUUGUCAUCUCCAAGGAACUCUACCAUCUCAAUGCCUCCAUUUCAAUAUGGUGUCUGCUUACUUCCUCCUUGUACUAAGCUGGAUCAAUGUCUUUUCCUUUUUAACAAGUUCAAGUGAAGUAAACCAUUUUUUCCCCCUUUCUCUCUCUUUCUCUUAAAGCUUCUGCUAGACACGCAGUUCACUGAAAACUCAGUCAGUCACAAACUGGAAGAAGUGUAAAAGAAAAAAAGCAUAUAUCAAUAAGUAUACAUAUGGCUUCACAUUUAUUAAAUGAUAAAUUAGCACAGAAAGUUUCAUUUCACCGAUGUAUUCACAGUCAGAAACAAUCUCAUGUCUUUGUCUGUUGUCUGUACACUCUCAGUUAAUGUUUCUUGCAUUUAUUUUUAUACCAUAUUUAAACGAGAAACACCUUUUACUCCAAAUGUAUUAAAGUUGAUCCCUUCUCUGUAAAUUUGUGUAUGUUUAUAUUGUUGUUUUAUCUUUCAUUAAAAGAUAUGCAGAA